AGCACGGAUUGUCCCAUGUUUGUGCUCUUCAUGGACCAGUAUAAUGCCUUUGCCUACAUUAAAUUUGUGUACAGUUUGUGUCAUAGAGAUAAUUUGUUUUUACAGACAAAAUAUACGUCGCUGGUGGAAAUUAUAUAUGUGAAUAUUUCAACUCGGUGGAAGUUUAUGACCCUGAUACGAACAAAUGGACGUUCGUUGCACCAAUGCUUUCUCGACGUGCCAGUUUCUCUUGCGUCGCCUUCCACGGCUGUCUGUACGCCCUAGGAGGAUACAACGGAGAAGGAGACCUGCCCAUAGCCGAAAAGUAUGACCCUGCAAACGACACGUGGACCGAGAUCCCUGACAUGCUCGUCUAUUCAUCUUUCUGCAACGCAGAAGUGAUCGACGAUAUGAUCUUCGUCAUCGGUGGAUUUUUUGACAAAGAUACCAUCUUCGGUGUCGAAAGUUUUAAUGGCAAUGGAGAUGAAAGGUACCAGGCGGCAGAUAUGAAUUUUUCUAGAUACGAUAUGUCGACUUGUGUUAUCAAGAACCUAUCUAAUGCAAGAGAUUACGCAUACAAACACAGAAACAAAUUGUUGGAAGAGAAACGUAAAGAAAUGCUGGAUUUGGAAAAUUCGUGGUUUACAUUUGAUUACUGCCACGACAAACACAUUAAUUUUAAUUAAGUACCUUACGAAAAUAAUAAAGAAAUCUGGGACUUGAUGUUGGAGCUACAAAUAAAAAUAAAAAUAAAAUAUUGUUUGCAGCGAAGAAGGCAAAAUUAUUUCUCUUCGUUAUUUUCUGCUCAAGAAGUCUUAUUGAAACUAAUUAUUUUACAGACGUUUAAAUUUAUCCAAAAAAUUACUAUCCAUCAAGACAUAGCAGAUUCUCUUUGCGUUUUGUAUUAAAUCCAUUUGUGGCGACAUGUUUCGAGUUAGGAAAACGUCUUCAUGACAUUAGGGGAAGUGGGGGCAAUUGCGCCAACUUAAGGGAAGAAUAAAUGUUCUUGCUUCAUGGACAUCGUUUACAAAACUUCAUUAU